AAGCCGCCUGGCUAGUCUGACUGCAGUCUGCACUGAGUGAAGUGAAACUGAAGUCUGAUUGAAGGGAGAGAGUAGGUGUUUCAAUGUCAGUAUGGCUGCAGCUAGAACUCUUCUAGAUCUGCCAGAUGAGCUUAUUAUAAAGAUCUUGGACUGCCUUGAUAUACAAUGUCUGGUUAGAUGUGUGGCAUGCACUUGCCAAAGGUUGAAUCAGCUCUCGAAUGCAGAGAACCUAUGGAAGAAAUUUUCAGACUUGUGUUGGUUGGACAAAGAGAGAAUGCAUUCUUCAGAUUCCUGGAAGGAGAAUUUCCUGGAGUGGCACAGGAAAUGGGGCAAGUACAUAAGUUGUUAUGCGAAGGUCAGGUCUGCUUGGAACAAGAUUGAAAGUGCAUUGGAGGCAAGAAGCCCAGGAACAAAAUCAUCUCUCAAAGGGCCGAUAGACCAGAGUGAGCUAGAUGCAAUAGAAGCCAUGAUGGAUCGCCCUUUGCCUCUAGAAUUAGCUUGUUCCUAUCUUAUCCACAACGGCCAGGACGUCAUUCCUGGGAGGGGAUCUCUGCUGGGGAACCUAGAGGUCUACGACCAUCACAGCAUGGAGGUAGCGGUGCCUCUGGCAUUCAAUAUCAAGAAUGCCUUGCCAAAAAUAGGUAUGUUAGCAUUGAGUUGGUGCCCCUACACAAACUAUGGUCAGGUUGUGUGCGUGAGUGAGAAAGUGGGUCUGCCUAUAGGAUGUGUCUACUAUCUCACCCAGGUAAGGAGACAGAAGUUUGCAGGUUAUUUUGUGGAGGCAUCAAACUACAUGGAAUGGUUAGAGAAACUCGCUACCAAGCUUGGAGAUCCAGAACUCAUUGUUUCUUCAUCCAAAAUCACUAGGUUUUACCAUGAACCAUCAUGUGUUGCCGUGACGAGAGAUGUAAAGGUUACUGUGGCAACGUCGUUUGUACCAAGUCUCAGUCACAUCUGGAAGAACAAUAACAUGAGGACUCUGUUUGCAUAUCGGAUCUCCAUGACGAUGGAUGAAAACGUACCAGCCGACAGAUCAUGUAGAUUACUGAGCCGGCAUUGGGAGAUAACUGAUUCCCAGGGACAGUAUCACGAGGUCAACGGUGAGGCGGUGAUUGGACUAUACCCUGUGAUGAAGCCAGGGGCUAAGUUCUCAUACUGCAGCUGGACACCACUCGAUAGUGAUGGCGGUUUCAUGGAGGGUCAUUUUACCUUUGUUAAUCUUAAAACCGGUGAGAACUUUGAUGUGAUAUGUCCUCGCUUCAACUUCAAGUGCCCUGAGAUCGUCCUGUCCAGUGGUGACAUCGACGACGAGCAGUUUGAAUCAGAAGACGAUGUCGAUGAUGAUGAAUAUUGAAGCAUCCUCUCAAAUGAUGACAAUAAAAUCAAUGGUGAUGAUUGUGAUGUCAUAUUGAAAUCUUUCAGAAUUUUUAUUAGACUGACUGGCUGAUGUUGAUGAUGCUAUUAUAAAAUCAUAUCGGAACUUGGAUUGCUGAACAGUUGAUUCAGUGGGGUGCUUAUAAUUAUGUUUUGUUUAUGUUUUGUUUAUGUUAAUUCAGUUAGGUUUUAAAUUUUGUAGAUUGUUUCAAUACAUGGAAUAAACCCCAAGAUCACAGGGCUAUUGAUAUUAAACAUUGAAAUUUCUAUACAUGUUUUUUCACUAAGUGCAAUACAGUACUGUUUGUAUUAAAAUUGUCAGAUGCACAAUUCUAUAUUGUAUUAUCAGUUAAAUGUAAAUAGUCACCGAGCCAUGAUAUGAAUAGGUGUUCAUUGGGAUUUGUUUUAUAUGUACAAAUAUUUUUCUUGUGAAAAUCAGUAUUUUUUCACUCUUACUGUAGAAAUGACUGUGAAGUGAUUAUGAAGAGAUCAUGUACAUGCUCAAAGGAAUUGUAUAUGUAUGGAAGAUUUAACAUGCAAUGUACUUUAAUGAGACGGCAAGAUACUUUUAUUUUGUCAAGCUAAUAUUAGCCUCUUCAAGUUGACUUUUUAUCUUGACAUGGUGAUGUAAGGUUUCUUGUCAAAUUGACUUCUAAAAACUUCUGUCAUCUGUGCUAUAUUUCUAGCAAAUCAACAUCUAUGAGUAGAAUGAUACUUGUCAUGGCGACAUAAGGUAUUUUGCAGUAUCAUUGUGUAAACUUACAGUCACUACGGUUAAUGGUUGGUGUUGGUUGGAACCUCUAAACUUCAUUAAUCAUAAAAAUCUUUUCAUCUUUUAUUCUUCGUUAGUUUGUUUCCCUUGUUAAUUCAAGAUAAAUCAAUGUUUACAAAUUCUGUUGUGACCUCGACUCUCUCAAUGACAUAUAUAUUAUCAUAUAUAAUUGAGAAAAAAAUAAUUGUCAUUUCGACAACCAGUUUGACACGCAGGGCAUCAUCAGGAAGGCCUAAAUGUUUCUUCUUGACAUGGACUUACAUGUGCAGUGCAAUCUGUCAUAAAUUUUGCUUGAAAACGUCAUAUUUCCAGUAUUUUAGAGGUGCAUUACUUCCUCUCCAAUGUCCAUAAAAGAAACAUACAUGUAGAUUGUGCCCUUGGCACAUGGGUCUUGGACCCUGCUCUUGUAUUUUUCAUUUUCCUCUAGAUCAAUCCUUGUUAGAUCAUCUGUGAGGUACAGUAUAUACAUGCAUCCUCUUUUUUGACAGCAACUUUGGCCUUCAUCAUCAUCUGCAUUUUUUCUUUGUGAAAGCAGGGGGCCGUUUCAUAAAGCUGUUCGUAAGUUAAGAACGACUUUCAGACGACUGGUGAACCUUUUUUUAUACACAUAACCAUCGCCUAUGAAUGUAUCAUUUACCACAAGAAAGGAUCACCAAUCAUUCUUAAAGUCGCUCUUAAGAACAGCUUUAUGAAACACACACCAGGUUGUCACAACUCCAUGUAUAUGUCUUGGUCUAUCUCCUUGUUUCCCAGCAUAGGAAGCACUUUCCACUUUUAUUUUGAGUUUGAACUUGGAUUAAAGUAUAUCUUCCAGAGCCUUUGAACAAUCUUCUAUGGCAUCCUUCACCUCAUUCAUCCCAACAACAUAUUAGCUAGCAGUCCUCCUUGUCUUACAGUGUAUAUUUGGUUUUCUUUCUCUAUCUUUUCAAGGUGCUUCUCUAACUUUAUUUUUUCCUUUCUAAUGCGGUUAUUCAGUGACCUUUAAAUUGUAAAGUUUUUGGACCUCUUUGAUGCUGUCUUGUAUCUACCGUGAUUACACGCUGCGCUGGCUAGCGGGACAGACCCGCCUUGUGGAGCAGACUUGGCCUGCGCAUUAUUCUGUGUCGCGUUUACACACCCCAGCUCGCAGAUCAGACUCAUCUUGUGGGACAAAAACACA